AUGUAAAUGAGCGCAGCGCGUGCUGGCGCAGUGAAAGCGUCGGAUUGUUUAUUGAGCCCCGUGCAGCCACGCGCCUGGCCCGCCGAGCCGCAGCUCAAGAAUCCCGCAGCGGGGCGGAGACUCCCACACGAGCGUGCGUCUUUUUAAGGGGGUGGGGUGUCGGACGCGUGUUGAAAAAGGGCCGAGUGCUGCCAAAGUUUGUAUCAGAUCGAGCACUGGUAGGGGGCCAGUAGACACUUGGACAUUUCGACAGUGAGAAUUGGCCACACACGCGAAAGAAAGUUUUUUUUAGUUGCCACUUUGUUAUUCUUCCUCAUCUGCCUCGGUGGAAUCAUUGUACACGUCCGUCCUGGCGUAUCCCAAGAUCGAGAUGGAGACUACCAGCAGUAUGCCAACGACACAACUGGCGCAGGGUCAGUGCCACUUCGGACGCGUGGAGAGACGGCAAGAGUGCGCAAUCUCCAACGCGAGCCAGAGUCAAAGCAAGAGCAAAGUGCUGAAGAGACAGCGCUCCAACUCUCCUGAACUGCUGCGCUGCAAGAGGAGGCUGAGCUUCACCGGCCUGGGCUACAGCAUCCCCCAACAGCAACCGGUCGCCGUGGCGCGGCGCAACGAGAGAGAAAGGAACCGGGUCAAGCAAGUAAACAUGGGCUUUCAGACCCUGCGCCAGCACGUCCCGAACGGCGCGGCUAACAAAAAGAUGAGCAAAGUAGAAACCCUGAGGUCUGCGGUGGAGUACAUCCGCGCUCUGCAGCAACUCCUGGACGAGCACGACGCCAUUUCGGCCGCGUUUCAGUGCGGAGUCCCCUCUCCAACCCUAUCCAACAGUUACUCCGCGGAUCCAGAGUCACCACAUUCGUCUUACUCCUCCGACGACGGGAGUUACGAGCCUCUGAGCUCCGAGGAGCAGGAGCUGCUGGACUUCACCACAUGGUUCAACAGAUACUGAGGAAGUGCAUUGCGCGUCAUCACAAACUCCAACCGAGCGCACCUGUCUGCAAACUUCAACAUCAGUCCAGAACCUUACCGCUUUGUAGGUUCAAGAACAAGACAAGACAAGGAUUAAAGCGGCGUUGAAGUUCGGGACCCCCCCCCUCUCUGAUUGGAUUGGAGGACAAAGGAUUAAAAACUCGACAUAAAAUGUUUAAAAGUGCAAUUAAGGACUUCUGUUGUGUGCCACUUCACCAGCCGGUAGAGACGACGAGUCAGUGGGACUGUUCUGAUUCAAACGCGCGCGUCCACGCGGCGUCCACGGGAAAAUGCCGCACAUGCGCAGUGUGAAGUUUGGCAUACUGUUUGAAAAGGCUAGCGGCUAGAUUUUAGUACAGAAAUACGCCAUUAUUAUCUAGUGUCUCUGCUGAUUUAACUAGUUGCUGACGUGAACGUUUUUAAAAUGGAAACUUGUUCCAUAAGCUGUAUUGUUGAAAAAAUAAAAUGAAGAUUUAUUUUUGUAUGCCGAGCAAAACAACAACAACAACAACAACAAUGUACACUGCCUCUCUGUGACAACGACCAUGUUGUAAAUGAAUUAGUUGGAAGAUACUGUACGUUGUUGCUUUUAACACUGAAUAGAAUGCGAUAGAACGUAUUACUGAUUAGACAUGAUGCUCUUUGCUAAUGGGCAACGUGUAUGGAAAUGUUUUUUCAAUAUAUGCACUUGUACUGUCUUUCUGUAGACUAAGAAAAUGUACAUAUAUGUGAUUUAACAGAUAUGCUGUAUUUUGUGUAAAAUGUUUUUUUUUAUAUAUAUAUAAAUAAAUUCACUCUAUUUAUACAUACGAGCUGCUUCUUUUUACAUCCUGAACUCUGCAACUUCAUCUUCACAGAUAUGUCCGUUCAUCCCUUAUUUCACAUGUACAUAAAUUUCAUGUGCAUUAAUACAAUUAACACCAAGACAUUAUAAGGCCUUUUUAUGUGUAUGUAGACUAACAUGGCUUGAUAAAUAUCAGGCAACGGAGUUGCUAGACAAAGAUGUUAGUAUAUCCAUGGUGAAUUUUCCACGUGGGUAUAAAGCUGUGGCUCUAGGUACUAUAGAGAUGGAUUAUUUUACCCUUUAUGUUGAGGUCUUUGGAAUAA